UUUUUUUUUAAAGGCCAAGAUAUAUAAAAUUCAAACAAUUAUUCUGUUAGCCUCGAUGUUUUUCAGUUUCCUAUAGGAAUAGGUAUCUUACACAAUGGUUGUUCCAUAUAGAUGGUACAAACUCGAGUAGAUGUUCCUUUAGCUAGACCUAAGCAUAAAACAGGGUCGAAUUCAAAUUUUCCGAUUAGGUGGAGCCUGUUGUUCGGUGCCGGCGGAGAUUCGAAUCGAAACCUUCUGAACCAAAUCCAAUCGCAUCCGUAAAACAAGCAUGUGCAUAGCGGUGUUCAUGUGGAAAUCUCAUCCAGUCUACCCCUUAAUCCUGUUGCUCAACAGAGACGAAUUGUAUAACCGGCCGACGGAGCCGUUAGGUUGGUGGGAGGACGGCGGAAUACUCGGCGGGCGGGAUGUUCAGGCCGGCGGAACAUGGCUGGCCUGCACCAAGCACGGGAAGCUCGCGUUCCUUACGAAUGUCAGGGAAAUCCGGUCCGAUUCGCAGGUAAAGAGCAGAGGAGAACUCCCGAUUCGCUUCUUAAAGGUAGCUCCAUCGUGUCUUGUAAUAUUUAGUAAGUUUAGGUUUUGUGGAUCACUGGAUCUAAGUGAAACCAACUUUUCUUCUGGCUGUGAUUUUAGGUUUUUCUCCUUUUUCCGGAAGGAUUUACUGCAAGUGAUGAUGCAUGAGAGUUGGGUAUCUUUGCAGGGCACAAAAAGUCCCAGAGAAUUUGCGGAGGAACUCGUGGGAGAAGCUGACCAGUUCCAUGGUUUCAAUCUAAUAGUAGCUGACCUUCGAUCUAUGACCAUGGUUUAUGUAACCAACAGGCCUAAAGGCGGCGUGCAUGUCACGGAAGUUUCGUCUGGUAUCCAUGUUUUGUCGAAUGCACAGCUGGAUACACCCUGGCCUAAGGCUGUACGGUUGAGGCACAGUUUCGAGGAUGUAGUUGAAAAAUUCUUCAAUUCUGAGAUUUCACUGAAAGAUAUCACUGAAAUUCUAAUGAAAGACACCACCAAGGACGAUGGAAAUGAGCUUCCGGGCAUAUAUCCUCCCGAAUUAGAGUACCAAUUGAGUGCCAUUUUCGUUGAAACAGACACAGCAAUGGGACGAUAUGGAACGAGAAGCACUUCUGCAUUUGUCUUGAAGACAAACAGAGAAGUAUCAUUUUACGAAACGUAUCUGGAAAAUGAUGAGUGGAAGGAACAAACAACGAGCUUUCAUAUUGAAGAAGUCGAAUCGUAGUGUUAUCAAUGGCGGCCCUUUGGUGGCCAUCCUUCACAAAUGCUGGCACGAGUAGCUGGAAUUAUAGGAGGUAAAUCAAAUCCUUCGUUGUGCCUACUUUUAGAAGAAUAUAUCUGUAUCCUGGCUAACUAGUUCGUAAACUAGAUUAGUAAAGCAACUAUUGCAGUAUUGUGCAUGGAAAAUACUCUGUGUGAACUAUGUUAACAGUCAGUCUCAUUGAAUAAUUUUAUUUUUGAGUAUUUCCACUUUUAUGUAAUAUUGAAUUUGUAUACACAAUGUAUUAUAUGCCUAUGAAUAAAUUUUGGAAUAUUUCAACUGAAGUAACAUUGGAUUUAUAUGUAUCCAAAAGCAUCUUUGGGAUUGGAAAGAGGGUGGACCCUGCUGGAGCUUGAAGUGUUUUUAAUCUUUGGUUUUAUGUAAUUUUUAUUUUUAUUUUUUUAAUAAUAGAAGCAUUCACAAAUAACUUAUUCAUACAUCUAGAUUGUUAUUUCUAACAUGCAUCAAGUGUUUGAACCGUAAGAUCAUACACACACAUCUCAAUUAUUAUCUGUUAACAUGCA